AUUUAUAUCAGUUUUAUUUUACUGUGCAGUCCCGCGCCAAAAUGUGGAAACAUUUGGUCAUGCUCUCCACAUCUGUACAGUCUAUGAUUUAUUUCAAAAUAAGAUGGAGAAUGUGGAACAGACAAUCAAAAAGGCCAUAAUUGAUGAUUUAUGGCGACAGGCUUUAAAAGCAUUAAUAGCAAGGAAGAAUACAACUUAUUUCAAACAACUCCUUCGGGAAGAGGCAGCGAAUUCGAUUUUUCCAAACAUGCUAAGGAAUCUUCAAAGAAGCAUGUUGACAAGCGACGUAUACUUCAAACUUCACGAACUAGCGCAACUCGGGGACCUUAAUUACGAUCUCGUUCGGUCGUUCAGAGAUACUGUGUAUGGGGCCGAAGACAA